UCCGAUUGGCUGUCAUCUAUCCUCGCUUCUAACGCAUGUGCACGAUAUCAGCUGAUUACACCGACUGAAACUGCGUAUAAACAAUAGCUUUACAGUCACAGUUGUCAAAUGAGUACCAUUUCGUUCUAAACAAGGAGAAAUACACGAAAAUUAUUCAGCAAGUUUAUCUGAAAAGUGUCAAAUAUUUUUAGAAUCUGUGUGUUUUCGGUUUUAAUAUUGUGGUUGUAACAAACAAUGCGCCUGGUAGUUCUCAUAAACACGAUAAUCGUUUUUUUAUUUUUUAUGCAACCGGUGAAACUUUGGCACAUUAAAACGAAACAAAUAUCACCCGUUAUUUUAGUUCCAGGUGAUGGCGGUAGUCAAAUCGAAGCAAAGAUUAAUAAGCCAUCAGUGGUGCAUUAUAUAUGUCAGAAAAUAUCCAAUGAUUAUUUCAGCCUAUGGUUGAAUAUGGAACUUCUUGUACCUCUCGUGAUUGACUGCUUUAUUGAUAACUUAAAGCUUAACUAUAACAAUGUGACGAGAACUACUAGCAAUCAGCCUGGAGUAGAUAUAAAAGUACCAGGUUGGGGCAAUCCAUUUGUAGUCGAGUAUAUAGAUCCCAGUAGAGCUUCACCAGGUUCAUAUUUCAGUGAUAUUGGAAAUAUGUUAGUAAAUGAUAUAGGAUAUGUCAGGAAUUUAUCGUUGCGCGGUGCACCUUAUGAUUUCCGAAAAGGGCCUAGCGAAAAUGAAGAAUUCUUUGCCAAAUUAAAAACUUUAGUUGAGGAAACAUAUGCAAUGAAUAAUAAUACACCAGUAACAUUAUUGGCUCAUAGCAUGGGUGGACCUAUGACUCUUAUAAUGUUACAACGUCAGAGUCAGGAAUGGAAAGAUAAAUAUAUAAAUUCUUUCAUCACUCUUAGUGCUGUGUGGGCAGGAUCUGUUAAAGCUAUCAAAGUAUUUGCCAUUGGUGAUGACUUAGGUGCAUAUUUUCUUCGUGAAAGUGUAUUAAGAACUGAACAGAUAACAAGUCCAAGUUUGGGAUGGUUAUUACCUUCAAAAUUAUUUUGGAAAGAAACAGAAAUUUUGAUACAAUCAAAUUUAAAGAAUUACACAUUGAAUGAUUUACAACAAUAUUUCAUAGACAUAAAUGUACCUAAUGCUUGGGAAUUCAGAAAAGACAAUGAGAAAUAUCAAUUAAAUUUUACAGCACCAGGUGUCGAAGUACAUUGUUUAUAUGGCAACAAAGUGCAGACUGUGGAAAAGUUGUAUUAUAAGCCAGGCAUAGCUAUAGAUGGCUAUCCUCAAUUAGUAUCUGGAGAUGGGGAUGGAACUGUAAAUAUAAGGAGUUUGGAAGCAUGUAUGCAUUGGCAGAAGUCACAAAAACAAAAAAUUUAUUAUCAAGAUUUUCCUGGAGUAGAUCAUACUAAUAUAUUAAGAAAUAACGAUACUUUAACAUAUAUCAAGAAAGUUUUAAAAGUUUAACAUGAUUAUAAUGUUGAUUUUUAUUAAUACUGAGGUACAUAGAAAAGAUUGCAGCAAAUUAGAUAACAUUAAUAUUUUAACAU